AUGGGGGUGGUGGGGGGCAGGCAAAUGGGCUCCGGCAUCGCACAACUCUCCGCCGCGAACGGGCUUGAUGUCACCCUUCAUGACUCUGACUCCACAGCUCUCGAUAACGCGCUGAAAUCAAUCUUUGACAACAUUCAACGUCUCAUUUCCAGAGGCCAUUUGUCGGUGGUGUUGUUUCUUCACUCUUCAUCUUCAUCAAUGGCGGAUCAGUCGGAGAUCUCGUUCGCCGGAAUAUUCGCCAUUAGUGCCUUUUCUUCUUGUUUCGCUGAGUUUUGUACUAUUCCUUUAGAUACUGCUAAAGUUAGGCUUCAGCUACAAAAGAGAGCAACUUUAGGGGAAGCAGCGGGUGUAUCUAAAUACAGGGGCAUGUUGGAUACGAUUGCUACUAUAGCUAAAGAAGAAGGUUUAUUUGCACUUUGGAAAGGCAUUAUACCUGGCUUACAUCGCCAGUGCAUAUACGGAGGCUUAAGAAUUGGAUUAUAUGAGCCUGUCAAAGCUUUUAUCGUUGGCAGUUAUUAUGUCGGAGAUGUGCCUUUAUUCAGCAAAAUAUUAGCUGCUCUGGUUACUGGUGCUAUAGCUAUAGCUGUGGCUAAUCCAACAGACCUCGUGAAAGUUCGACUCCAAGCAGAAGGAAAAUCUCCAGCAGGUGUACCUAGGCAUUAUACUGGUGCUCUGAAUGCAUAUUAUACCAUAGUGAAGCAGGAAGGAGUGGCGGCAUUGUGGACAGGACUUGGGCCCAACAUUGCAAGAAAUGCAAUUAUAAAUGCUGCUGAACUAGCUAGCUAUGACCAUGUUAAAGAGACAAUUUUAAAAAUUCCAGGAUUCACAGACAAUGUUCUAACGCAGAUAUUAGCUGGUUUAGGUGCAGGGUUCUUUGCAGUAUGCAUUGGAUCUCCUGUUGACGUGGUUAAAUCUAGAAUGAUGGGAGAUUCAGUCUACAGAAGCACCAUAGAUUGUUUCUUCAAAACAUUGAAAAGUGAGGGACCUUUAGCUUUCUACAAGGGAUUCUUCCCAAACUUUGGUCGAUUAGGAACAUGGAAUGCAAUCAUGUUUUUGACGUUUGAGCAAGUCAAGAAGUUCUUCAUUUGA